CCGCCGCCCCGUCCCGGGACACCCCUUCCCCGAGGAGCCCCCCGGGCCCCCCCGCCGCCGCGCCGGCGCCCGCCCGGGUUCUCCCCCCCGCUCCCCCAUGGAGAACUUCCAGAAGGUGGAAAAGAUCGGGGAGGGCACCUACGGCGUCGUGUACAAAGCGCGGAACAAGGCCACGGGGGAGGUGGUGGCGCUCAAGAAGAUCCGCCUGGACACGGAGACCGAGGGCGUCCCCAGCACGGCCAUCCGAGAGAUCUCCCUGCUCAAGGAGCUCAACCACCCCAACAUUGUCAAGCUGCUGGAUGUCAUCCACACGGAGAACAAGCUCUACUUGGUGUUCGAGUUCCUACAUCAAGACCUGAAGAAGUUCAUGGACUCAUCCACCAUCAGUGGCAUCGCUCUGCCCCUCAUCAAGAGCUACCUGUUCCAGCUGCUGCAGGGCCUGGCCUUCUGCCAUGCGCACCGCGUCCUGCACCGCGACCUCAAGCCCCAGAACCUGCUCAUCAAUGCUGAUGGUGCCAUCAAGCUGGCCGACUUCGGCCUGGCCCGCGCCUUUGGAGUGCCUGUCCGCACCUACACACAUGAGGUGGUGACCCUCUGGUAUCGAGCCCCCGAGAUCCUCCUGGGCUGCAAGUACUAUUCGACAGCCGUUGACAUCUGGAGCUUGGGCUGCAUCUUUGCGGAGAUGAUCACCCGGCGCGCUCUGUUUCCUGGGGACUCGGAGAUCGACCAGCUCUUCCGCAUCUUCCGUACGCUGGGCACGCCAGACGAGGCGGCCUGGCCUGGUGUCACUGCCAUGCCCGACUACAAGCCCAGCUUCCCCAAGUGGGCCCGGCAAGACUUCAGCAAGGUGGUCCCACCACUGGAUGAGGAAGGGCGGAAGCUACUCGCGCAAAUGCUGCACUAUGACCCCAACAAGCGGAUCUCGGCUAAGGCGGCGCUGGGACACCCCUUCUUCCGUGAUGUCACCAGGGCCGUCCCCCACCUGCGACUGUGAGCAGCCCUGACUGCCCCUGCCUGGCUGCCCCUGCCUGCUCUCGCAGUGGCUCGGGACAGUGUGGGAGGGGUGAUGUCCCUCCCGGGGCUGCGGAGGCCGUGGGCUCGGGACCCCCCCGGUGCCUCCCUCCUGCCCGCGCCCCGGCUCGCCCUGGGCACAGCCCCUGCGGUUGGCAGGACCCUGCGUGGAGCCGCCCCCGGGGGCAGGUCGUGGGUCUGGUCCAGCUCUGCCCGGCACGCAGCGAGACCCCCGCCCCCGCUUCGCUUGGACUCUGGGCACUUACGGCCACUCCGGGGGCCCAGGGGCCGGCGGGGGGCGGGGUGGGCGCCUUCUCCUCCCACCGCGGUCCCUCACGGCGGCCGCAGGGCGCAGUCCGGGCCGGGGUGUGUGUGACGGGGGCCGCCGGCAUCUGUUCCCUGACGCCCCCCAGCCCGCGCCUCUGGGGCCUCGGCGCUGCCCCCGCGCGUUCUCAACGACUUUUUGUAACUCGUGCAGUUUCGUA